CGCUUCUCCACGUCUGGUUGGGCGGGCGAAUGCGGGCGCAAGCGCAUGGCCAGGUGUGGGGGCACGCGAUUGGAUUGGAUUGGAUUGGAUUGGAUUGGAUUGGAUUGGAUUGGAUUGGAUUGGGAUAGCCCGCGGUGAACUGAACUGACGACGGGUCUUCGUCCUUCCUUUUUUUCCCAACUUCACAACAACGACGAAAGAAACCUCCGCGCUUCCACACCUUGACCAGCGCGGCCAAGCACUGAGUCUCUCAAGAUGGCGGACGGAAAAGCCCCCCUCCCGUUCGUGUACACGUUCAUGGCCGGUGCCAUCGCCGGUGUUUCCGAGAUUCUGGUCAUGUACCCGCUUGAUGUCGUCAAGACCCGAGUACAGCUGCAACCUGCCGGUGCCACCGGCGCCGAUGCCUACACGGGCAUGGUGGACUGCUUCCAGAAGAUUGUGCGCAAUGAGGGCUUUUCGAGACUCUACCGCGGCAUCACGGCUCCCAUAUUGAUGGAGGCACCCAAGCGCGCCACCAAGUUUGCGGCCAACGACAAGUGGGGCAAGCUCUGGCGCGACCUCUUCGGCCAGGAGAAGAUGACACAGUCCCUGUCCGUAUUGACGGGCGCAUCGGCCGGCGCAACCGAGGCGUUUGUCGUCGUGCCGUUUGAGCUCGUCAAGAUUCGGCUCCAGGAUAAGGCCUCGGCAGGCAAGUACUCGGGCAUGACGGACGUGAUCGUCAAGACGGUCCGCAACGAGGGCAUCCUGGCCAUGUACAACGGGCUGGAGUCGACUCUGUGGCGCCACAUUCUCUGGAACGCCGGCUACUUUGGCUGCAUCUUCCAGGUCCGGGAACUGAUCCCCAAGGCGUCCACCAAGAAGGGCCAGACAAUAAACGACAUCAUUGCCGGCAGCGUCGGAGGGACCGUCGGCACCAUUCUCAACACACCUCUAGACGUAGUCAAGUCGAGGAUCCAGAACAGCCCCAAGGUCCCCGGGCAGGUGCCCAAGUACAACUGGGCAUUCCCCGGUGUUGCAACGGUUGCGAGGGAAGAAGGGUUUGCUGCGCUGUAUAAGGGGUUCGUGCCUAAGGUUCUUAGACUGGGGCCUGGAGGCGGCAUUUUGCUCGUUGUUUAUACCGGGAUGAUGGAUUUCUUCCGCAAUAUGAGGGAAGCCAAGCUAGCUUAAAUCACGGUUGCCACGUCACAUUUUGUAUUGUACAUAUAUGUGCCAUAUGCGGUCCCUCAUAUAUCACUUUUGGGUUUUUAAAGACCCCCUCUGUCGCCUUCUUGGCCGCCACCGUCAGAGCGUCCAGGUCCAUUAGCCGCUCCUGCCCGCUCGUGUAGAUGGGCGUCUUGGCGAAGAGGAAGUA